UGUUCUGCGCCUGCGCGGUCUGUUGGAGCUUAUGUUUUGUUUUGCAUAUUGUUUAAAGCACUGUGGUAAUGAUUAAAUGAGCUAUUUCUCAGGUUUUUGGAUUAACCAAAUCGACUGCUUCACUGCAGGGGAACUUAAACUAGAUUAGUUUUAUUUUCUGAUUUUCUGUAGAGCCUGGUUUAAUUAAACGAUGUUCCAGCAGACGAUAAAGAACUUCAGCGUCAACUUUAACGCUUUGAAUGAGAGGAAUACGGUCUCCAGAGGGGACCUGAUCACAGGACACAUCUCCUUCGACCUCACAAAGGAGACGAAGGUCUAUGCGAUAACAAUGACACUGAAAGGAAAGGUGAACGUCCACUGGUCAACCGGUGGGGGCAAGAAAAGAAGCCGAAGAAAUUUCUCGGCCAAAUUGGAAUUAUUUAAAUUGACAAGCGUCCUCUUGCAAGAAAACAGUGUUACUGGUGAGACAGCAAAACUUCAGCCUGGCACGCAUAUGUAUCCGUUCUCCUGCCAGAUUCCGCAGGGAGACUUCCCAUCCACCUUCCACGGGGCUCAUGGACAUGCCACGUACAGCUUGACAGUGGGCAUCAACAGACCCUGGCAUAUAAGCAAGGACUUUGUGACAGAGUUGAACUUUGUGAACCGCAUUGAUACCAGCAACCCAGAGCUGUCGGCUCCUCUCUCAGGCCACAACACCAUGACACUGUGCUGCCUGUGGUGUGCCUCGGGUCCGAUCACAGUGACAGCCAGCACAGAGAAGAAAGCCUUCAUCCCUGGUGAAACUGUGAAAGUCAUUUGCAACUUCAGUAACCAUUCGUCUCGAACAGCUACUCCGACGGUGAAACUGCAACAGGAAGUGGUUUACUACACCCACAGCAGGGUCAGUAAGAGGAAGGUUAUCAAAAACUUGGCAUAUGUGACCGGACAGCCCGUCCCUGCUAAUACUUCCGACUUGCGCACGGAGAUCAUGCUCCCCAUACCCUUGCCUACAUCACUCAGCAUUUCUAACUGCAGCAUUCUGGAAGUGGACUACAUUGUUGAGGUGACCAUGAGCUUAACAGCUGCCCCGGACCUCCAAGUGCUUUUUCCCAUCGUCCUGUGUGAUACCCCUGUAAACGCAAAUCCCCCAUGUUAUUUGUGAGUAAAAAUGUUUUUAAUUGCCGCUAAUAUUACAUGAUGGUGGAAUGCCUUUCUGUGUGAGGCAACACACUGCUAAUACUCAGUAUGACUUGUUACUGGAGGAGCUUGGAGUUUGUGUUUUUUUGUAGACGCACUUUACUUUUGUAGUUCCAGUGUGAAGGAUGUGCAUGCAGUGUGCAUUUCAGCCUGUGUGUGUGUGUAAGAAAAAAAGAGUGAAAAAAACAAUUUCCCCCUAGGGGAUCAAUAAAGUACAUCUUCUUCUUCUU